UCUAGCUGUCUUGCUGCUGGGCAACCAGGCCACCACGAUGAGCAUAAAAAAGUCUCCCGAAGAACUGAAGAGCAUUUUUGAAAAAUACGCAGCCAAAGAAGGUGAUCCAGACCAGCUUUCGAAGGAGGAGCUGAAGCUAUUGAUUCAGGCGGAAUUCCCCAGUUUACUGAAAGGUCCCAGCACCCUAGAUGAACUCUUUCAAGAACUGGACAAGAAUGGAGACGGAGAAGUUAGUUUCGAAGAAUUCCAGGUGUUAGUGAACAAGAUAGCCCAGUGAAGGAAAAAACCAAAACAAUGUAUCAUCAUUCCAAGCACCAAAAGAAGAGCGCCUGGGAUGUGGUCCCCAUUCUAUAUGCAAUCGCUAAUGUCUCUGUUUAAUUCUUGGCAAUUAUAAUGA